AGCGGAGAAAUAUCUCAAGGAAGUGAGUCUGCGACAGAAUGAUGCUGGCCUUCGCUCGUCGUUCUGCACCUGUCACUGGUAAUAACUUGAUAUUGACCAUAUCUAUCAUAUAGGCCAGGGCCAAGAUGACUUCCCAGGUCAAAGUUCUUCUCCUAGGGUCUGGCGACUCGGGAAAAUCGACAGUUCUCAAGCAAAUGCGACUGAUUCAUCGGGUACCCUUCUCAGCAGCAGAAAUUGAGACUUAUCGUCAACUAGUGUUCAACAACCUAACGACGGGCAUGAAUUACGUGUUUGAGGCCAUGGAGGACAUGGAGCUCGAAAUUGCGGAGGAGGCCCUACCACACGUGGAACUCAUUCAGAAUGCCAGGGAUAUCCGUGAACAAGAGCCUUUUCCUAUGUCAUACUACGAGCCCUUGAGAGAUCUUUGGGCUGACAGCGGGAUCCAACAAGCGUACAGCAGAGGGAACGAGGCUGCUCUUCCUGAAAACCUGUCAUACUUUUUCUCCUCGCUGGACAGAUUAUUCGACCCAUCAUAUCAUCCAACUGAACAAGAUAUCGUCCAGUGCCGAGCUCGCACUAUCGGAAUAACCGAGACCACUUUCCAUCUUAAAGACCACGAAAUGCUUAUGGUCGACGUCGGUGGUCAGAAGAGCGAGCGGAGAAAGUGGAUUCACUGUUUCCAGGAUGUCACCAGCAUUCUAUUUCUGGUCAGUCUAAGUGGGUACGACCAAUGCCUUGUCGAGGAUCGGGAUGCGAACCAAAUGCAAGACGCUAUGACAAUAUGGGACUCAAUAUGCCAUUCGCAAUGGUUCAAGCAGACAUCGAUAAUUCUCUUCCUAAACAAGGAUGACCUCUUCCAAAAGAAGAUCUCCAACUCUGAUAUCAAAAAUUUCUUCCCGGAUUACGAAGGUGAAGCAGGGGACGCAAAAGCUGGACGAGAUUACUUCCGGCGACGUUUCACGCGGCUCGCUCACAAAGCUGGACGUUCUAAAGAACGUGAAAUCUACAUCCAAGUAGUGAUGGCCGCUGUCGAAGGUCACAUCGUUCUUCGAUCCAAUCUCCAAAUCGCGGCGCUAAUUUGAUGUUUCUUUUUUGCUCUUCAUCUUAUGA